CUAUAAGCGCCAAAACGCACACACCACCCUCAAACCCCAAACACCGCACCCUACCACCACUCUCUCUUUCUAAAAACCCCCUCACUCACUCACUCUCUCUCUAAUUUCUUACUUUCCAAAAUUUCUCCGAUCAGAUACAAAUCAUCACCGAUCCAAGUUAUUCAAUGGGAUGUGACAAACCAGAGAACUUGCCAGACCCUACUUCAUUUCAUGCUUUUGAUGAUCUUGCCCUCAGCAUCAGACAAAGUGGAGCCGUUGAUUAUAACGGUGUUGUCCAAGGUGGGUUCAGUUCAGGGGCUAAUGUCACAUCCUUCCCUUUUGUAUCUCCGCCAGCGGCCCGUCCUCUUCCAGGAAAUGUUAAUGAGAUGAACAACUUUCAGAUGGCCAAUUUGAAGAAUCUCUACAGCUAUCAUCACCAGCUUGAAACAAAUUUGGCUAAUGUUAGAAAUAUUGCUCCCAGCUUUCCCGCUCCAUCAGGAAUGCCAAAUUCCAUGGGAAAUGCAGCAGAGAUAUACCAUUCAAAUAUGAAUAACAACAUGCUGACCUCCGAUAGUUUCUUGAAUGAAGCUGUCUUGUCCAAGGGAAUUCAGAAUCCAGGGGUCAGCAUGAAUUUUAUUCCUAUGCGAAGCAAUGCAGCUGGAUGUUUUGAAAAGGCUGGGAAAGCCACAGGUAUUAAUCAAAAUAGCUCGCAGGCAAGUGGAACUCCUUUUGACAUAAGGUAUAGCAUGCAGACUGCUAAAAGUAUUAGUGGAAUAGGAAUUCAUAAUGAUGUCAAGGCCAAUCCUGUUCCUUUUUCUUCCCCAGAAAACAUUGAUGGUAGUUUUCUGACCCUUGGAACAGGAAGUAACAUAGAUAAUAGAUCAAAGUUUAGAUUCAGUGCCAAAGAGGUCAGCAGCAGACUGGGGGAAGCUGUCUUGUCACAAAGUAACAACUCUCAUGUCCAACAAAUGAAAAGAAAUAUCUCAAGUUUAGCUCAUGGUGUUCCUGGUGGUAUUCCAAAUUUCAAUCGUGAUAGUGGUGGUUUGCCAGAUUCAGCCAGGAAUUUCGGUGUUUCAACCUGCUCUUCAAACAAUGAUGAAAUUGUGCUUGCUCCAGGCUCUAGAAUAACUGCACCUCCAUGUGUUAACUUAACGCCAGACACGCGACUUAAUUCUUCUAACAGCACAAACUUAGGUGCUGUUGGUAAAGCUGAUCUAAGACUCUCUGAACCUGAUCCCUUCAAGUGCGUUCAAGGUGGUUUGCCUCCUCCUUCAUUUCCAUUUAGCAGCAGUUCAACAUUACCCCUUCAUCUUGGAUAUGCUAGAACGGUGGCAGCUCCUGAAUCUGCUCAACCUGUUUGGGUGGCAGCUCCUGAAUCUGCUCAACCUGUUUGGGUAGCAGCUCCUUUAUCUGCUCAACCUGGUUUGGUAACAGCUCAACCAACUAUUAAGCAGCAGAGUAACUGUUACACAAACAUAUCCAGGAACCAAUCUUUCAUGGAACCUCUUAUUCUCGGUCAUGGUGGCAGCGGAGUGAGGCAAGACCAUUUAGGUCAGCAAUCAUUGGUUAAUCUUCCGCAUCCUUGGGGUAAUAACCUAUUUCCGGAAAGAAUGGGUGCUCAUAUUGCGGGAUGGAGUGGCAUCCAACCUGCCCCUGGCAAUCUAUUUCCUAAGAGGCUAGGUGUCCAGCUUAAUGAUGGGGUUAUUUCUCAAGCUACUCGAGAAGGUGUUCUUCCCGGGAUGGGAGGCAUCCAGCAAAUUAGAAAGGGUAACUCAUAUCAGUCUCGAGAUCAUGGACCUACCAUGCACCCCACUGGACUUCUUCACCCCCCUUUGGCUAUGGGUCAGCCUCAUGGUGGUUCAGCGGCUAAGUAUAAUGUUACUGGACUACCCUAUCAUGCUGGUCAAGGCAUUCCAAUUUCAAAGGUUGAUGCAACACCUCAGGCAUCGAAUAUUCAUGCCCAUGUUUCCCUUAAAAGAAGAGCAAAUGGAGCCCCUCCAAUUGCUCCGAGGUGUCAGCGAAGGAGAACAUUGGCUCAACAUAGAUAUCAACAGUUGAUAGCACAGAGGCAGAGCUCUAAUGCUCCAGUUCCUGCCUCUUCUCCUUCUCUUCCUUUGACGCAUGUAAAGUGCCAAGAUUCUGAAGAAUCGGCUCAACAACCCAUUGGAGAGAAGUGCCUUUUGUGCAAGAGGGAUGUGGCAUUCAACCCCGAAGGCCCUGUGUCUCGGCCCGCUGUUCCCCCAGCUGUUGCUGUUCUUCCCUGUGGACACGUAUUUCAUGACCAUUGUCUGCAGAUUAUCACCCCAGAAGACCAGUCAAAAAUUCCUCCUUGCAUUCCUUGCGCUUUAGGUGAAACAUGAUAUGAUCUGUUUCCUCAAUUUUUUUUGGGACGGGAGUGGGGCUUAAAUUUUGUAAUUUGACAUUGCAAAAGACAAUGAAAGGGCUCCCAACUUUUUGUAAAGGGUGUGAACAGUAUUAGGGUAUAGUUCGUGGAACUGUACAUAUAGGAGGUGGUGACAAUAGAGCCCCAUGGGUAGAGAUUAUCCCCAUUAUGUAAAGUUACAUAGAACCUGAGCUUUUGACCCCUGUGAAUGACAACUAUUAAACUGGAACAUCCAAGUUACAGCUGUUUUCUUGAGUCGAGGGUCUAUCGAAAAUUGUCUCUCUAGCUUUA